UUUCUUUUUCCAUUUUCCUUUGUGUACGUCAUUUUAUUAUCUUCACAAGCUCUUAACGUGGAAUGAAAUGAUUUUAUGCUGAUAUUAAUUAUUAACGGUCAAAAUUUAUUUGAAAAUGCAGAGUUUACAACCGUUGACGUAACGUAACGUUAAGUUUGUUUACAAAAAAGAGAAUUCAGCUAAAUUAUUAGUUUUGCUUUAUACGAUGGACGAUAAUCAAUGUAGAGUCUGUCUAGGUGAAACUACUAUUGAUCAAUUUUCAAUAUAUAAACGAAUUAAAGGUAUUGCAAUAGAGGAAAAGCUACUAUUUGUCUGUGGAUUAAAAAUAGCGAAAAGUGACAAUUUUAGUAAAACACUAUGUAGAAAAUGUUUUAAUGAUAUAUGCGCAUCAUAUGAUUUAAAAAUCAAAUGUCUAGAUACUGACAGAACAUUAAAAAAUCUAGAAAAAAAAUUUCAAUCGAAACUGAAAGAGAAAGUUCAAGAACUUACAGGCGAAAUCUUGCCAGUUGCUGAUGUUAAAAAUGAAUAUUUUGAAGUGCAAGAACUCGAGAUUCAAGGAGAUGAAGCUGAUAUUAAACCUGAUUACGAAGUUUAUGAAGAACCUGUGGAAUAUCAAAUAGUUGAGGAAUUUACAGGAGAAACAGUCGCUGAAGUUAUCGACGAAACUUUUCAGGCCACAAACGACAUGUAUGAAGAGAUUGAGUAUUUGGAACAAGAUGUGAUCACUGAGGAUUAUAGCAUUGAAGUUUCUGAACCAGGUGAAUUCACAUUCGUUGAAAACGUCGUAACAAAAUUCUUUUGCAUGCUUUGUAAUCCAAACGUCUCAUUCAACUACGAAGCAAGUCUAAAAAAUCACGAAUGGGAAGUUCAUCAAAUUGGAGACAAAAAUAAUCUCGUGUGUGGAAUCUGCAGCUAUGAAUUCAAUACGGAUGAAGACAGAGAUCAAAUGGAACGAAACAUGGCAAAACAUUUUGCAGCACAUGAAAGAGGAAAAAACAAACCUUGCAUGCUGUGCCCAGAAGUGUUGAAAUCCAAACGAAAUCUCGAAAAUCAUCAACAUCGUCGUCAUAAAAUUCCACCUGCGCAAAGUAACAAAUGCAAAGGUUGUCAAACUGACUUUAACACUUAUGAGGAACUUCAUGAGCAUCUUGCGAUAUUCACCGACUGCAGAGAUCCUCAUGAACGACCAUUUAAAUGUUACAUUUGCAAUGAAACUUUUUCUUUGGGAGUUGCUAAGAAGAAACACGUUGAAAUAGAGCAUAAAGAUUACGCUGGAACGGACUGUCCACUCUGUUUAAGAUGCAAAAUUCCUUCUGCGGUUGCAUAUGAAAAACAUUACAAAAUUCAUUUUGCUGCUCCUCGAUAUUGCUGCAACUUCUGUGGUCGACCGUUCUUCGAAUUGGAUCGUUUGCAACUUCACAUCAAACGUUCGCAUCAAAAUUUGAAAUUUUCUUGUAAUUGGUGCGAGAAAACGUUUCGCGACAAAUCAGGAAUUACUCGUCAUAUUUUAGGUGUCCAUUUCAAUCAGAGAAAUCAUCAUUGCACGCAGUGUUCAAAAUCAUUUACAGCCAGUUAUAAUCUCAAAGAGCACAUGUUCAGUGUCCACAAAGAAGCAUCAAAGAUUUACACUUGUGAAUAUUGUAAGCAAGAUUUUCUUUAUCGAAAGCAGUACGAACGACAUCGAAGCACCUGCAAUGGAACAUUAAUGAAAAGGCGACGAUAACAAAUUCUUUUUAAAUUUUUAUUAUUU